AUGUUGGAGAGUGGUAAUGGAGGAAGAGAUGAUAAGGAAGAUGAGAAAGACAGUGAGAUGGGAGAGAGAGAUGAAGAGGAAGAGAGAGGGGAAGAAGACAAUUUAGCUAAGGAAGAAGAUGAAUGGGAUGGUCGAGAUGGAGAGAGUGCUAAAAAAAGAGAUGAGGGAGAAGAGGAGGAAAAUGGAGCAGCAGGAGAGGAAGAGGGUGACUGUGAUACUGGACAAAGCAGUAACAGUGAGAAAGAAAAGAGUGAAGGAGAGGACAGUGGAGAUAAUAAGGUUGAAAGAGAAGAUAACGAGGAUGGAGAUGGAGAAGAAAAUGGAGAGGAAAGUGAGAUACAAAAGACUGGGAAUGAAGACAAUAUAGAGGAAAAAGUGGAGGGGGAGGAAGGAGAAGCUAAGCGUGAGGAGGAUAAAGACGAGAGUGGUGAUGAAGAGGAGGAAGAGAGGGAUGAAAUGGAAAGCUGGGAUGGAGGGAGUGAGAGAGAGGUGGAAGACAACAAGACCCAAGAGAAAACAGAUGUAGAGAAAGAGCAGGAAGGAGAGAACAGUGAUGAUCAGUCAGGAGAGGAAGAGGAGAAAAUGGAAGGAGACGAGGAAUCUGAUAAUGAGGAUGAAGAAAAGAUUGAAAGAUCAGAUGAAGAGGAUGAGAAAGGAGAGAUUGAAGAAGAGGAGGAUGGGAGUGAAGAGGAGGAUGAAGAGUAUGAGACAGGUGAGGAGGAAGAGGAGGAAAAAGAAAAGUCUGAAGGAGGGAGUGACGGAGAGGCUGAAGCAGAGGAAGGAAAUGGAGAACAGGAAGUGGGAGAAGAGGAAGAUGAAGAGAGUGGGGAAGAUGAUAAAGUUGAGAAUGAAGAUCAAGAGGAAGAAAGUUAUCAUGAAAAGGAGGAAGGAAAUGGAGACCAGGCAAAAGAGGAGGAAGAAAAAGAGAACGAGGAAGAGGAAAUAAAAGAAGAGGGGGAUUUUGUAUACGAAGAGGAGGAAGACAGUUUGGAGGAUGAAGAAGAAGAGGAGAGUGAGAGAGAGGAGGAAGAAGAUGAUAGUGAGGAAGAGGAGGUUGAGGAAGAGGAAGAAGAGGUCAAUAAAGGCCAAAGGGAGGGGAAACAGCCUCAGAAGAAUGAGAAUGCCAAAAACAGUGAUGAAGAAAACAGCAAAUGCCAAAGGAUCACAGGAGCAGAAAAAAAGUAAAUGCUGAAAAUAAGGAAAAAAGGGAGAUGGAAAACAGCAGAGAAAAAUGGAAGAAAGGAGAGGGCAAACCAUGUACAGGAAGAAGAGAGUGAGGAAGAAGAGGAUGAAGGUGAAGAGGAAGAAGAGGAGGAGGAAGAGAAAUAAGGUGAGGAAGAGGAAGAAGAAAGUGAUAAAGAAGAGGAAGAGAAAGAAAGGGUUCAACAAAGGAGAGCAACAAAACAGAGCGUCAAACCAAAAGCAUUAUCUGUGGGCAGACAGGGCAUCACACAAACAAUUGCACAGAGACAGAAGACUGAAAAAAGAGAUCAACAGAAUCUUCAAGGGAAGAAGCAAAGAGCUAGUGGUGCUCAGGACCCUCAGUUCUGGAACAAUAUCUUACCACAGUAUCUAAACCUUAAAUUAUCCCAAUGGGAGCACACAAAAAGCAUAGAAACACUGUAA